CGAAGGCAUCUGUUUCAGUCUGUCUCUCUGCGAGAUGCAGCACCAACAGAGGAGAGAGGGGGAGACGAGCCCAAGGAGGGAGGGAGGAAGAGGAGAGGGAGGUGUGAGGAAAGGAGAGGCAGAGCAAAGAGAGAGGGGAGUGCAAAAAGAGGAGUGAAAUGAUAAAGGAAAAGGAGGAGAAGAUGCUGCUGCAGCAGAGCUUCUGACUUCUGAAGAGUUUUGGCGGAACAUGGUUGAGACGCAUCCUCCUGGUGUUUGAGCAUCUCCAGCAUCUCUCUGAGUGUGCGGGGGGAGAGUUUAAUGUGUGUGUGAAGCCAUGGCAAGUGCUCAGCCAGGGGUCCAUGCGCUGAAACUCCAGCCUCCCCGUGUCUCACACACCCUGAGGAACGGAAGCAACUUCAUUAAAUGGGAUGAGGAUUUGUCAACAGUCACUCCAGUGACUCUACACGUGGAUCCUCAUGGAUUCUACCUCUUCUGGACUGACCAAAACAAGGACACAGAAUUGCUGGACCUGACCUUUGUGAAGGAUGUCAGAACUGGCAGGAGCACCAAACCUCCCAAGGAAGCCAAGCUGCGGGAGCUGCUGGAUGUGGGAAACCUUGUUGGCCGCCUGGAGAACCGCAUGGUUACCGUGGUCACAGCCUCCGACCUGGUGAAUGUCGGCCAACUGAACUUCAUUGCUUCACAGGAGGAUGAAGCCAAGUUGUGGUGUGAGGAGCUGUUUUCUUUGGCCACCAACCUGCUGAGCCACAAUCUCAAUAGAGACCACAGUCUGCUGAAAGCAUACGUCAAGCUAACGCUUCAGCCAAAUGCAGAAGGAAAGAUUCCUGUAAAAAAUAUCGGUCGCCUGUUUUCAUCGGACAGAAAGAGAAUCGAGAAUGCUCUUGAGAGCUGCAAGCUGCCGAAUGGACGGGGUGAAAGCAUCAAACUGGAGGACUUCACUCUUGAUGUUUACAAGAACUUCUUGGACAGCCUGUGUCCUCGUCCUGAGCUCAGCGCUAUCUUCAAACUGCAAGGAGGCGAAAGUGGCAGAAUGUCUGUGGAUCAGAUGACCGAGUUCAUCAACAACAAGCAGAGAGACCCGAGGCUCAAUGAAAUCCUUUAUCCCCCUCUACGUCCUGCACAGACUAACACUCUGAUGGAGCGGUACCAACAUGACCAGGAUAAUCUAAAGCAAGGCGUUAUCUCUCUCCAGGCUUUUUCCAGUUAUCUGUCGAGCGACGAGAACAGAGUCAUUCCUCCGGAGAAACUGGAUCAGUCCGAGGACAUGAACUUCCCGUUGUCUCACUAUUUCAUCAACUCGUCACAUAAUACAUACCUCACAGCGGGCCAGCUGGCCGGAAGCUCCUCAGUCGAGAUGUACCGGCAGGUUUUACUGGCAGGCUGCCGCUGCGUGGAGUUAGACGUGUGGAAAGGACGAACUGCAGAGGAGGAGCCGGUCAUUACUCACGGGUUCACCAUGACGUCUGAAAUCUCCUUUAAGGAGGUGAUUGAAGCCAUUGCAGAAUGUGCCUUCAAGACUUCACCUUUUCCUGUCAUCCUGUCAUUUGAAAACCAUGUGGACUCCUUGAAGCAGCAGGCGAAAAUGGCCGAAUAUUGUCGCUCUAUUUUUGGAGAAGCGCUGCUGAUUGAUCCUCUGGACAAAUACCCUCUGGAGGCUGGCACCCCCCUGCCCAGUCCUCAGGAGCUGUUGGGCAAAAUUCUCAUCAAAAACAAGAAAUCUCACAAACCCGCCAAUACCACAGACACCAAGAGGCUAAUUGACCAGCCUGCCAAUCAGAGCAACGAACCAGUGUCUCCUAGCAACAACACAGGAGACGUGGAAGCUGAGAGUGAAGAAGAUGAUGAUGAUGAAGAUGAUGAUGGUAAAAAGGGCUCUGCAGAGCGAGAGGCUAUUGCCACAGAGGAAAUGUCGACUCUGGUAAACUACGUCCAGCCAACCAAGUUCAACUCCUUCGAAGCAUCAAAGAAGGCGGCCCGCUGUUACCACAUGUCGUCUUUUGUAGAGACCAAAGCUUUGGAGCACCUCACAAAGUCACCAGUGGAGUUUGUGGAAUAUAAUAAAUCCCAGCUGAGUCGUAUAUACCCCAAAGGAACCAGAGUGGACUCAUCAAACUUCAUGCCUCAGCUGUUCUGGAAUGCUGGAUGUCAACUUGUGGCCCUUAAUUACCAAACUAUUGAUCUUUCCAUGCAGUUGAACCUCUUCAUGUUCGAGUACAACGGCCGCAGCGGCUACAGACUGAAACCGGAGUUCAUGAGGCGGCCGGACAAGCAUUUUGACCCAUUCACAGAAAACACAGUGGAUGGCAUCGUAGCUAACACGCUCUCUGUGAAGGUCAUUUCAGGCCAGUUUCUGACCGAACGGAGGGUGGGUGUGUAUGUGGAGGUGGAAAUGUUUGGACUUCCCGCAGACACCAGGAGAAAAGCUCUGAAGACCAAAACCUCCCAGAACAACAACGCCAUCAAUCCGGUGUGGGACGAGGAACCCAUCGUCUUUAAGAAGGUGAUUCUUCCAACUCUCGCCUCACUGAGAAUUGCAGCAUUUGAGGAAGGAGGAAAGUUCAUUGGCCAUCGAAUUAUUCCAGUUUCUGCCAUCAGACCAGGUUAUCGUUACAUCGGCUUGAGGAAUGAGAAGAAUCAGUCUCUGAUUUUACCUGCUGUAUUUGUCUACAUUGAAGUUAAAGACUACGUCCCAGAUACAUUUGCAGAUGUGAUCGAGGCUCUGUCCAACCCGAUUAGAUACGUUAACCUCUUGGAGCAGAGAGCGAAACAGCUGGCUGCUCUGACCCUGGAGGACGGUGAGGAGGAGGCACAGACUGAGGAUGACACAGAAACUGGAACAGAGCGUAAGAACGACCUGAAACCAGCUCCUCUGGAAAACGGACUCAGUCCCAGCUCCGGUCCGGUGGGUCACACUCCUGUGGCUACUACGCCAAAAGCCUCUGCAGCCAAUCAGCAAGCGACUACAACAGAAGCAGCGAAACCAACAGCAAAGACUGAAGAUCUAGUUUUAAGUGUUUUGAUAGAUAUCCCAGCAUGCACCUUAGAUGCCCUCCAGCAGUCCAAAGUUUACCAAAAGGAGCAGAGACGUCAGUUUAAGGAGCUGAAGGAGCUGGUCAGGAGACACCAGAAGAAAACUGCAGAGCUCCUCCGAGAGUUUAGCAACAAGUAUAAGAAGACGGCAAGACAGUGCAGCAAGAGCAGGGGUUCGUCUUCAGAGGGCGAGAAAGACGAGCGUCUCCAGCAGCUGAAAGAUGAGCAACAGCAGCAGCUCUUGGCUCUGAGGCAGGAGCAGUACUACAGCCAGAAGUAUCUGCAGAGAGAACACAUUAAGAUGCUUACAGAGCGACUGACCAGUCUGGCCGAGGAGAGCCACAAUUCCCAGAUGAAGAAGCUCAAAGAUAUCUGUGACAAGGAGAAGAAGGAGCUAAAGAGGCAGAUGGAUCGACGGAGAACUGAGAAGAUCAACCAAGCCAAGACCAAAGAGAAACAUCUGGCUGAGGAGGAGAAGAAUGAGAUCAACAAGUCUUACGUCAAUGAGGUUGUGCAAAAUAUCAAGCGGCUUGAGGAAACUCAAACCAAACGUCAAGAUCAGCUGGUGGAGCAACACAAUGACCUGCUGCAGGAGAUCCAAGACCAGAAACCAAAGUUGCAGGCAGCCGUGGAGGCAGAGUUCCAGGAGAAGUUCCAGCGUUUACCCGGUGAAAUCCAAGACUUCCUGCAGGACAGGAAGCUGGAGGGCAGAGGUCACAGCAAGUCCCGCCCAUCAACUCCUCACGAAACUCUUUCAGAGGAGGAUUGAAAA